CGAACACGAACCGUGACGCGGCCCACAGAAUGAGGUGAGUGAGUGGUGACCCUCACUCUCUCAGACAUGGACUGGCACCACCGUUCCCACCUGCACCGAACCACCCCCUGACCUGACGUAUGCAUCGGCCAACCAACUCAAUCGGCAACCGGCAUGAACAAGCAGGGGCUUUACAUGCCUCCAAACGAGCGAUGAUUUCGUAGCAGGAAAGCUUUCUUUAUUUAUAUACAGCAGCGGUUGUGUUACCGUGUAGCAUUUAGCUAGCUUAAUCCCUCGGGCAACAGCAUAACGUAGAGCCGUAGAGAGAGAGAGAGGGAGAAAGCAGCAAGAAGCAGCAGCUAUGGGGACAGGAGGCAGCGAUGGCGGCGGAGGCGACCGGCAGGCGCAGCCGCUGCUCGGCAAGCUCUCGGAGUCCGACGAGCACCUGGUCAAGAGAACCGGCACGGUAUGGACGGCGAUGGCGCACAUCAUCACGGCGGUGAUCGGGUCCGGCGUGCUGUCGCUGGCGUGGAGCGUGGCGCAGCUGGGGUGGGCGGGCGGGCCGGCGGCCAUGGUGUUCUUCGCGGGCGUCACCGCCGUGCAGUCCUCCCUCAUCGCCGACUGCUACAUUUCCCACGACCCGGAGCGCGGCGUCGUCAGGAACCGCACCUACGUCGACGCCGUGCGCCUCUACCUAGAUUUACCGUUCAACAAUGAUGAAAAGCCUCGUGAUUCAUGGACGCAACAACGAUGCUCGUGUCGAAUCUUUCAAAGGACUCAUCUUUCUAUUUUUUUUUGUCAUCGUAUAUGCAAUAUGUCGCAGGGCGAUUCAGAGGGCCAACUGCUACCACAGGUAUGGCCACGACGCGCCGUGCUCCGUGGGAGGCGACGGCUACUACAUGCUCCUCUUCGGCCUCGCGCAGGUGGUCCUGUCCCAGAUACCCGGCUUCCGCGAGAUGACGGGGCUCUCCGUCUUCGCCGCCGUCAUGUCCUUCUUCUACUCCUUCGUCGGCGUCGGCCUCGGCGUCGCCAAAGUCAUCUCGAACGGGGUGAUCAUGGGCGGCAUCGGAGGCAUCCCCAUGGUGUCCACGACGCAGAAGGUGUGGCGGGUCUCGCAGGCCGUCGGCGACAUCCUGUUCGCCUACCCCUUCUCCUUGGUGCUGCUGGAGAUAGAGGACACGCUGCGGUCGCCGCCGCCGGAGAGCGAGACGAUGAAGACGGCGACGAGGGCGAGCAUCGUGAUCACCGCCUUCUUCUACCUCUGCUGCGGGUGCCUCGGCUACGCGGCGUUCGGCGACGGCACCCCGGGCAACCUCCUCACGGGCUUCGGCUUCUACGAGCCCUACUGGCUCAUCGGCCUCGCCAACCUCUGCAUCGUCCUCCACCUCCUCGGCGGCUACCAGGUGUACACGCAGCCGGUGUUCGGGUUCGCCGACCGCCACUUCGGCGGCGCGGCGGCGGAGGUGCCGGUGCCGGUGCCGCUCCUGGGCACCCGCCGCGUGAGCGUGUUCCGGCUGUGCUUCCGGACGGCGUACGUGGCGGCGACCACCGCGCUGGCCGUGUGGUUCCCCUACUUCAACCAGGUGAUCGGGCUGCUCGGCGCCUUCACCUUCUGGCCGCUCGGCAUCUACUUCCCCGUGGAGAUGUACCUCGCGAGGAACAAGGUGGCGCCGUGGAGCAAGCAGUGGCUCGCCAUCCACGCCUUCAGCUCCGUCUGCCUCCUCAUCUGCGUGUUCGCCUCCUUCGGCUCCGCCGUGGGGGUGUUUGGGUCGGAGACGAGCUGAGCUACUCUGCAAAGGCAGCUUGCUCACUAGCUGCAGUAGGUUCAGAUGUUGACUAGUAUAAUUAGCGUAAUCAGGUCAAAUUCUAUGUAUUAAGAACUCAGUGUAUAUAUAAUAUAUUGGUGGUGAGUAUAAGAACGAGCAAGAUGUCAAUUUUAUGGUCCUGUUACAAACCUUGCACGUUCAACUUACACAAAUGGAUAUCUGAUAUUUUUUGUA